AUGGAACUCUUCCUUUUUUCAUUGCUCCUGGUUGUGUGUGUUUUCACUUUGGCUGGGAACCUCACGAUUAUCACGCUGGUAGGCAUCGACCGUCGCUUGCAAAGCCCCAUGUAUUUCUUCCUCUGCAACCUCUCCUUUCUGGAGGUAGUUUUCGUUCUGACAAUCACACCGAAGAUGAUGACCAAUCUAGUUUCUCGGAACAAAUCAAUCUCCUUCUUGGGCUGCAUCGUUCAGUGCUACUCUUACUUCUUCUUUGGUACCUGUGAGAUCAUCCUGAUUGCCGUCAUGGCCUUUGACCGCUACAUUGCUAUCUGCCAUCCGUUGCGCUACACCAUCAUCAUGAAUGGACGGGUCUGUGUGAAUUUGAUGUUGGCAUGCUGGGUUGGUGGUUUCCUGAAUAAUUUUGGCCCCAUUGUUCUCCUGAGUCAACUGUCCUUCUGCAGCUCUAAUGUUAUCGAUCAUUUCUUCUGCGAUUAUGCUCCACUGGUCAAGCUUUCUUGCAAUGACGUAGAUACUCUCCUGACUCUGGAAUCUACACUCUCUGCCCUGGUGUUACUCAGCUCUUUGUGUGUAACUAUUGUCUCUUACCUCUACAUCAUUGUGACUGUCUUGAGGAUGCAGACCAGUGGUAGUCGUAGGAGGACUUUUUCAACCUGUGCCUCUCAUCUUACAGUUGCUUCCAUCUUUUAUGGCAGUGCCAUCUUCAUGUACUCUUUGCCCAGCAAGGGUCGGUCACGAGAUGCCCAGAAAGCUGUGGCAGUUCUUACUGCUGUGGUUACCCCAUUACUGAAUCCAUUUAUUUACAGUCUAAGGAACGAGAAAGUCAAGGAUGCCUUCCGAGACUGUUGGCAGAGACCCAAACGAAUUUUGUGA